ACGCAGACUCCCGGAUGUUGUAACUAUGGACGUUAGCACCGUUGGACAUGAUACGCCACAGCUGGAGCAGACAGUCAGCGUAUCCAGUGGCUGGGGGAGGUAGCCAGUGGUUAGCUUAGGGGCUAAUUACAUCAUUCAGAUAUAUUAUUGUGUUCAGCGUUACUGUCUCGGCAUUGCUGAGGGAACAUUAAUAAAUGUGUACGCCCUGAGGUUGUGACGGUGGCGGUUCCGAGGCCGUGUUUUUGUGCGGUUGGGCUGAAUCUGAAGGAGAUGAUGUACAAUGGAGUGUUAGAGUUUAUUUCCAGUCCUAGUUGGUCACACACAUCAACCGUUAAACAGCCCAUCUUGUUGCUGCUGGUUCUGACUCUAGCGUCCACCGGGCAAGGUUCAGGAUGUGUGAGGCCAUAUAUGGUCCAGAACAGCUGGGUAAAUCUCACAGACACCAACAGGGGCUUGUUUCCCGUGGGCACAGUUCUGCAGUACAACUGUGACCCGGGUUACCUGCCAAAUGGACCCAGCAUCCUCAUCUGCACCACAAUUGGAAUGUGGUCCUCUGAACCUCCUCAGUGCAUACGCAGUGGUGCAUGUCUACCCCUCUCCAAACCUGAGAAUGGGGGCUACACCUGCCAUCCAUCCCCAUGUCGACUCUUUUCCCACGGCACCAUAAUCGAGUUCAUCUGUAAUGAGGGCUUUGCUCUCAGUGGAGACUAUCCCUACCUGACGUGUCAGGAUGGACAAUGGGAUGGACCCAUGGAGAUCAGUUGUGUAAGCAAAGGUUGCAUACGGCCCUCUGUGGUGCAGCAUGGCUCAACUAAUCUGACAGACACAAACACCAGCCUGUUUCCAGUUGGCACAGUGCUCCAGUACAGCUGUGACCCAGGCUACCUGCUGGUUGGUCGCAGCAUCCUCACCUGCACGACUAUCGGGGACUGGUCCUCUAAUCUUCCCCGCUGCAUACGCAGUGAUGUUUGUCAGCCUCCCUAUCAGCCGGAAAAUGGAGGCUACACGUGCCACCCCUCCCCAUGCAGACGAUUUUCUCAAGGCACUGUGGUGCAGUAUUUCUGUGAUGAAGGUUACGUUCUGAAAGGAGACAACAAGUUCCGAACCUGUCACUAUGGGAAAUGGGACAACCUGUCGCCAAUCAGCUGCCUUAUCAAACAAGGGUGUGUAAGACCUUUGAUGGUGGAGCACGGCUCUAGUAACCUGACAGACAUCAACAACAGCUUGUUCCCCAUCAGUACAGUUCUACAGUACAGCUGUGAUCCUGGUUACCUGCUGGAGGGACCCAGUUUUCUUACCUGUGCCACACCUGGACACUGGUCCUCUGAGCCUCCCCGCUGUAUACGGAGUGAUGUAUGCCAGACCCCAUAUCAGCCCGAGAAUGGAGGUUACACAUGCCACCCUUACCCAUGCCGUAGUCUUUCUCAUGGAAUGGUGAUCGAGUACUUCUGUGAUGAAGGCUAUAUUCUGAAGGGAGACUAUAAGUACCUCACCUGUCAGUAUGGAGAGUGGGACAGCCAGGUGAAGCUGAGCUGCGUCAUGGAGCAAGAUCGGAAUCCCGCUUUGCCUUUAGGGAUGCCAGCUCUGUCCCUAGUUGCUUCCACCGCAAGCUCAGUGGCUUUCAUCCUGCUUCUGGUGGUUGUGUUUGUGCUUCUGCAGCCUAAACUCAAGUCCUUCCAUCGACGGGAUUACUGUCUGUCCGGGCAGCCCGUGACGAUCAUGGUGGAAGGUGUCCAGGUGACCUUGCCUUCCUACGAGGAGGCCGUGAGCAGCAGCGGAGCCUCAACACUUAGCUCCGAGUCUCGAGUCCAGAUAGUCCUGUCUGAGGGUCAGCAUGCCACAACAGCGGAAGCUGGCCCCACCAGGCCCUCCUCCCUCAAACAGCAGCAGUCGGAGAUGGCUGUGGUCCACGCUGGGUUGCCGUCCUCUUCCUUUUCACCUUCUGCUUGGGAGCACGGAGGCGCCGCAGGAGGCAUGUCCUCACAUCGACGGCCUUCUGCAGCCAGCGACCAACAAAGCCUGUUGUUAGACUCUGAGAUGGACUACUCAGAUGAUAUGCCGCUACUGAAGGAGGCCUGAAACACCCGUUAAUGACCUGUGCUGGUUAGCAGGAGUUGAGCUGUGUUUGACUCUGAACAUCCCAAAGGGACUUCCACGUGCAUACAAGCUUACACGUUUAAAUAAAGCUGUGUCUGAUAGCUGAAACUGGGUUCGUAAAUGUGGAACACAAAAGUGAAAUGGCAUGUUUGAUAGAAGUUUUUUUUUUUUAAAUCAAAAAGCUUUGUGUGUAUUGUAAUUGAGUAAAGCUGCAAGCUCAUCUAGCGAAAUUAAAAUGUAUUCAUAUUUGCAGAGAAGCAUGGAGGACAUCAGACCGCGUUAUUGAUUAAGUAGUGAAAGUUUACGAUGUUUUUAAAGGAGUUUUGUGAUUCAAAGUUGUCAAGUAGAGCUGACUCGCACCGUUCCACCUCACUCUGUAACAUAGAUCUGCUUGUCCACCUUAGAGACCCUGAGCUCAGCAUAUCUUCAUGUUUCCCAUUGUUUCUUCCUCUUUACAUCCAUACCCUUCCCCUUAAAGGCCUUAGUGUUCCACUUCUAUGCACAGGUAUCUAUAUCAUGUGAAUCAAGUCAUUUUGAAACUGAAUGUCAGUUAACUGCCUCUACUGCUUAGUGAAACGUUGUGUGGCGUUGUCGGACAUAUCCCUUGUGCAGCAGACGAUGCUCUUGUGUUUAUUUAUUGAGGCUGCCGGGGAGGAGACAUGUUUGUAAUUUAUUUGUACAGAGAAAGCUGUUGAUCAGCCGUGGCUCGUGACGCCUCCGCAGCUAGUGGAGAUGACUCGGAGUAGCUUUUGUGAUUUCAUUUCCAAUCCUGCUGCAGGCAUGUGGUGUGUGACUAACUGUUCGGGAAGAACCAACCGUCGCACAUAAAUAGUGUACAGCAUUGUGAGUGUUCACUUUCCUCCACUGAUGAUCUGUUUGUUUUGUUAAGGUGGUAUGUUAAUAUAUGUAAAAAGGUUUAAGUUAUGUUUUUUCUGUAUAUACGUUGAUUUGAUUAAAUAUUAUUUGGUGUGUUGAA